AUGCUCGCUGCGGGCUGCGCCACCCGAGUGACGGCGAAGGGCAAGGGCCAGCGCAAAGCGGUGAAGUUGGCAGCUGUGAGCACUGACACGGAGGUGGAGACCGACUGCAUCAACUCCAUCCGGUUUCUGGCAGUAGAUGCCGUGAACAAGGCCAACUCUGGCCAUCCUGGCGCGCCCAUGGGCCAGGCUCCCAUCGGAUACUUGCUUUUCGCAGAGGAGAUGGCCUACAACCCCAAGGAUCCGACCUGGGUCAACCGUGACCGCUUCGUGCUUUCGUCCGGCCAUGGCUGCAUGCUGCAGUACUCCCUGCUGCACCUUGCCGGCUACGAUAGCGUGGCCAUGGAUGACCUGAAGCAGUUCAGGCAGUGGGGUUCCAAGACACCUGGCCAUCCAGAGAAUUUCGAGACGGCCGGAAUCGAGGUCACCACUGGACCUCUUGGCAUGGGAAUCUCCAAUGCCGUUGGCUUGGCAGCGGCCGAGGCACACAUGGCAGCAACCUACAACAAGCCGGAUUUCACGCUGAUCGACCACUACACUUACACCAUUGCAGGAGAUGGCUGCAUGCAGGAGGGUAUCUCGCACGAGGCCUGCGCAUAUGCCGGCCACCUGGGGCUUGGAAAGCUCAUCGCCUUCUACGAUGACAACGGCAUCACCAUCGAUGGGCACACGGAUCUUUCCUUCACGGAGGAUGUCGGCAAGCGCUUCGAGGCCUACGGCUGGCAGGUGCUUGUCGUGGACAACGGCGACCAGGACGUGGGCGCCAUCCGCAAGGCCAUUGCCGAGGCGAAAGCUUGCACGGACAAGCCCACCUUGAUCAAGGUGAAGACUACCAUCGGUUUCGGCUCGCCGAACAAGGCCGACAGCCACGAUGCACAUGGCGCCCCCCUUGGAGCGGAUGAGGCUGAGGCAACACGCAAGCAGCUGGGCUGGAGCUAUGGUGAGUUCGAGGUGCCGGAGCACGUCUAUGCCGCUUUCAAGAAGCAGGCAGAUGCUGGCGUCGAGAAGCAAGGCGAGUGGGACAAGCUCUUCGCGGCCUACAAGGAGAAGGAGCCCGAGCUUGCGGCACAGUUCGAGCGUGCAGUGCUGAACAAGAAACUGCCCGACAACUGGGAGGAGUGCUUGCCCAAGCUGACACCAGAGGACAAUGGCAAGGCCACGCGCCUUCACUCGCAGGACUGCCUCAACGCCAUCGCCCCGGUCUUGCCUGAGUUCAUGGGCGGUUCUGCCGACCUGGCACCCUCCAACAUGACCCUGAUGAAGUGCACUGGCGACUUCUUGAAGGACAGCUACUCGGAGAGGAACUUCCGCUUCGGCAUCCGAGAAUUCGGCAUGGGAGCCGUAUGCAACGCCUUGUCGCUGGACAAGACAGGCAUCAUCCCUUACUGCGCUACCUUCACCAUUUUCACUGACUAUAUGCGCUCUGCCAUCCGAAUCGCUGCCUUGUCGCAAGCUGGCACAAUCUUCGUGACGACACACGACUCCAUCGCCGUAGGCGAGGAUGGACCCACCCACCAGCCCAUCGAGACUAUCCCCUCUCUGCGCCUCAUUCCCGACCUCACGGUCAUGAGGCCGGCGGACGGCAACGAGACGGCAGGCGCCUACAAGUAUGCUGUGGAGCGCUCCAAGUAUGAAUCUCGGCCCACCAUGAUGGCCUUCUCCCGACAGGCGCUGCCCAACCUUCCGAAUUCCUCCAUCGAGAACACCAUGAAGGGUGCCUAUGAGGUGACGGAGUGUGCCGACCCGGAGGUAAUCAUCAUCGGCACAGGCUCCGAGGUGCACGUCUGCCUGGAUGCCGCCAAGGCCAUGGACCAGAAGGUUCGUGUGGUGUCCAUGCCAUCGGUGGAAGUCUUCCGUGCGCAGUCGGACAGCUACAAGGACUCCCUGCUCCCGAAGGGCGUCCCGACUCUUAGCGUUGAGGCUGCAUGCACAUCGGGCUGGGAGGAGUUCUCGACGGCCCAGGUAGGCAUCAACGUCUUCGGUGCAUCGGCUCCGGGUGGUACCUGCCUGGAUAAGUUCGGCUUCAACGCCGACAACGUCAAGGCCUGCGCAGAGAGGCCGCCUGGGGUUUGGCUUGGCUUGCACAGGGUAAGCAAAAGAAGAGGCGUUUGUGUUGCUUCGUGA